GUCGGCACAGUCGGGCAAACACAUAUAUGAUUCGGGGACAGUAGUAGUGCAAAGUGAUUUUAAUUUUAAUAUUACUGUAUAAAAAACAAUUAUUUAAUACAUGUAAAUAUGGAUUCUCUGUCGUCCGGCUCAUUAACAAGUUCCCAAAAGGAUGAACUUAUGGAACAAAUUAGACAACAAAUCGCUGUUGCAAACGCACAGGAAUUACUUACGAAAAUGACAGAGAAAUGCUUCAAAAAGUGCAUAAACAAGCCGGGUACAACGCUGGACAGUUCUGAACAGAAAUGUGUAGCAAUGUGUAUGGACCGAUAUAUGGAUACAUUUAAUCUCGUAUCAAAAGCAUAUAGUGAUCGACUACAAAGAGAGCGCAACAGAAUGUAAAAGCACAGUUUCUGAAUAAAUUGUUUCUUUGUUGUA